AUGGAGAUCCGUGAGCAAGACUUCUCCUUCCAAGGUGCAGACGUGUGGGUUCAUCUCGCCGUCUAAAGCUUCACUAACUGGCUUUUAUCCGUUGUGAUACACUCGUGUGUGGGUUGAUUCUGCGUACUCGGUGGCUGUAGAUGGCGCCCGAGAGCGACCAGUAAUUGAGGUAGUGACCAAAGACGUCAGAACUGCUGAUAUUUUCAACGUUAUGCAAGGUACGACAGCUCUACUGCUUCAGGAAGAGAGCUGCGUGGUGCUUUUUGCUCAUGCCCCAUACGCUGUUGCACUCUGCAUGGUCUCAGCUAUCGGAGGCGAGCAGGACGAUCCAGAACCCGCUGCGUCGUGGUGGAAAGACGCAGUAACCGAGGAAUUCACGCGGCAGGACGUCGUGGUAUUGGCUUUAAUCGCAAUUUGCGUGUUGCGACUAGUGAUUUUCGUGCUCCAAGUAACGUGGAAGCUUGUGAGGCUGCCAAUACGAUGGUUUAAUGCACUGAAGACAGACACGGAUGGAGCGAUCGAAGAGAAAUACAGUUUGGAGACGGUAGUGCGACGGAGGAAACAGGUGGCCAUUGUGCGCUUCUGCCAUCUGCAGUUUCUAUUAGUGAUCGAGAAAUUGAAGCGAGAAAUGCGAGACGCAAAGAAAGAAGACACGCAGCAAAUGGUGGCGACGUUGGAAGUGUCUCAACACGAAGACGACGAAGAAGUGACGCUGGCGGAGAUGCUAGCGACGUUGCAGAAGAUUCGAGCACAAGACAGCAGCUUUAAUGCGAGUGAGGUGGAGGAGCAUCUUGCAGACAUUAAACAAGACGUGGAAGACGAAGAGGACGUCGAUUCAGGUCUUCAGGAAGCGUGGGAGCGCCUGCAGGAGAUUUAUGCGUCGUUUCUGCGUAUUCAAGCCACAAUUAUCCGUCGACAAAGGCGAAGAAUGACGUGGCAACCGCAGCACCAUGAACAGCAUGACGAGGAGACAUCUCGACGUCGUCAGCGGCGAUCUCCCAGCAGCGAAGACCCGACGGAUGAGGUUUUGCAAGAGCUACAAGAACUAACAAAAGAAUUGCCGCAGGGAUUUACAGCUGAUAUGUUCACCUCUCUAGGUAAUGCCAUGCACGGAAAAAUGGUAGCUGCUGAGCCCAAGACAAGCCCGAAUCCUUCUCCACAGCCGGAGAUCAAGAGCCCAUACACCGUCAAGACAGCUCCCCUACCAACAGCAGCGAAAUACAGCGCCACGGCCCAGAAGGCGGCGUAGACAAGACUCAAGUCUGCAGUAGUAGAAGUCUUUAUUAGGACGUAAGUAGAACGUAGGAGACCGAGCUGUGCGUAGGUAGGGAAAACCAUGUAACAUAUCCACGAUACAAA